UUCAACGCCCUUCUCUCUCUUCCUCGCAUCUCUCCGACGCCCUAAUCUCUCAUCGCUCUCGUCUCCUUCGCUUCCAAAACCCUAGAGAUUGUUUGAAUCCAUGGCCUUCUUUGAUCUCUCGAUCCCUCUUUCUUCCGAUCCCUAGCUCUUUGUUCCUUUCGAUUUCGUUCUUGUGCUUGUGAUUUCAUUUUUAGGGUUUGAUUUUAGUAGUCUUUUUUGGUUUUUUUUUGUUGAGAUCGGGAGAGGGAUUGAUGAAUAAUCGGGGAAGGUAUCCGCCUGGGAUCGGGAACGCGCGUGGAGGGGGAAACGCGGGGCAAAACCCUAAUCUUUAUGGAAGGGCUCCGCAUCAUCAGCACCAGUAUGUGCAAAGGAAUCCUUUGCAGAACCAGCAGAAUCAGAGUUUCCAACAGCAGUACCAGCAGCAGCAUCCGCAGCAGCAGCAUCCGCAGCAGCAGCUAUGGUUGAGGAGGAAUCAGAUGGGGAGUGAUUUGGGUGGAAAUGAGGCUGCGAAGUCUGUUCAGUCUGGUGGGGUUGACGCAAGCUCUCAGGAUUGGAAGGCUCAGUUAAAAAUACCACCACAAGACACACGCUACAAGACUGAGGAUGUUACUGCAACUAAGGGAAAUGAAUUUGAAGAUUAUUUUUUGAAGCGGGAGUUGCUUAUGGGAAUAUAUGAGAAGGGAUUUGAAAGACCUUCACCCAUUCAAGAAGAAAGCAUUCCGAUUGCACUGACUGGGAGUGACAUACUUGCCAGGGCUAAAAAUGGGACUGGGAAGACAGCUGCAUUUUGCAUUCCUGCUCUAGAAAAAAUUGAUCAAGAUAACAAUGUUAUUCAAGUUGUCAUAUUGGUUCCCACAAGGGAAUUGGCUCUCCAAACAUCUCAAGUAUGCAAAGAGUUGGGAAAGCAUUUAAAGAUUCAGGUCAUGGUUACCACUGGAGGAACUAGCUUGAAGGAUGACAUAAUGUCGCUUUAUAUCAGCCUGUUCAUUUACUUGUGGAGAACACCAGGACGCAUUCUUGAUCUUGCAAAAAAGGUGUUUUGUGUAUUGAAGAAUUGCUCAAUGCUCAUUAUGGAUGAGGCAGACAAGCUUCUAUCGCCAGAAUUUCAGCCUUCCAUUGAGCAGCUUAUUCAAUUUCUUCCUGCCCAUCGACAAGUUUUAAUGUUUUCAGCAACAUUUCCUGUAACUGUCAAGGAAUUUAAGGAAAAAUAUCUGCCGAAGCCUUACAUAAUUAACCUUAUGGAUGAACUUACCCUCAAGGGUAUAACACAAUAUUAUGCCUUCGUGGAAGAAAGGCAGAAGGUUCACUGCUUAAACACCCUUUUUUCAAAGCUUCAAAUAAAUCAGUCGAUUAUUUUCUGUAACUCGGUUAAUCGGGUAGAGCUUUUGGCCAAGAAGAUUACGGAGCUUGGAUAUUCAUGCUUCUACAUUCAUGCGAAGAUGCUUCAAGAUCAUCGAAACAGAGUCUUCCAUGACUUUCGCAAUGGUGCAUGCAGAAAUCUUGUGUGUACAGAUCUUUUCACAAGGGGAAUUGACAUUCAAGCAGUUAAUGUUGUCAUCAACUUUGAUUUCCCCAAGAAUGCAGAAACAUAUCUACACAGGGUUGGCCGAUCAGGGAGAUUUGGUCACCUUGGUUUGGCAGUGAAUUUGAUCACAUAUGAAGACCGCUUCAACUUGUAUCGGAUUGAGCAAGAGCUUGGGACUGAGAUAAAGCAGAUACCUCCGCAGAUAGACCAGGCUAUUUACUGCCGGUGAGCUUAAUGAUGAUAACACUGUGUGAACUAGGCCUUGCAACCUGUAAAUACAAGUUGACUGGAUGACAUUUAUGGACGUCUUGACACCUAUCAACGGUUGAUCUGUUAUAUCGUCAGCAGGCUGUCUAAAUUGCAUCUGAUGGGGCAUAUGAUUAUAUUAAAUGAAGUAUACCUUGCACCUCUUUUGGGCGACCCCUUGAAUGUUGAUUUAAGAGUGGGUUUCCAUGAUGAUAUUUUGUUACGUCUUAACAUUUAAAUUUUUCGUAUUUUGAAGGGCACCAUUUUUUUUUAUUUUAUUUUAUUUUAUUUUUUUUGGAGCUAACAAUUGACUAGGUGUAGCUUUAGACUUAAUAUCUCAGUGCUAUCUCUGAUCAAGAAGUUUGUUGUACCUCAUAUAUUUUGUUAUUAUCAGGUGGAGCAUCUAUAGCACCAUUAGGUCU